CGGCGAUCCUCGCUUCCCACGGACUUGUCGGCCCCCCUCAGUAUGGCCCCCGCCAAGUCGACAGAGACCAAUUGGUCCGUUGGCUACGAUACCCUCCGUCGGGAGCAUCUUUUUCGACACCCCCCCAAAGAUCAAACCGCCUAUCCCGCCCUCGCCGAGGCCAUCCGCCCCCAUGUUGACUCCUUCAACGCCCUCUUCGACGGGCCCAAGAUCCUUGAAGCCGGUUUGAAAGAUAUCGGCACCAAGACCUUCGUGGAUGGAGACUUCGAAUCCCCCGAGCAGAAACGAGCCCGCCAGGCCGAGGGCCGCAAACCCCUCAAGCGCAACCGCCUGCAAGUCCGCAUCAAGGAGGUCUUGCUCGAGAAGCCCGCCCUCCCUCCCACCAACAAGUUCACCACCCGGAAUCGUAACAUCUACCCCUCCGAGUGCCGGGAGCGACAUGCCACCUACCGCGGGAAACUGCGCGCCCGCAUCGAGUACCGCGUCAACAAUGGGGACUGGGCCGAGUCCGUCCGGGAGCUGGGCCAGGUCCCCAUUAUGAUGCGCACCAACCGCUGUCACCUCGAGAACGCCACCCCGGCGCAGCUCGUCCAGCACAAGGAGGAGUCUGAGGAGUUGGGCGGAUACUACAUCGUCAACGGUAACGAGAAGCUCAUCCGAAUGCUGGUCGUCGGCCGCCGGAACUACCCCAUGUCCAUCAUCCGAGGAUCCUUCGUGAAGCGUGGUCAGGCCUACACCAAGUUCGGUGUGCAGAUUCGCUCUGUGCGCCCCGAUCAGACCUCCCAGACCAACGUGCUGCACUACCUCAGUGACGGCGGCGUCACCUUCCGUUUCUCCUGGCGCAAGAACGAGUUCCUCGUCCCCGUCAUGAUGAUCCUCAAGGCCCUGGUCGAGACCAACGACCGCGAGAUCUUCGAGGGCAUCGUCGGCGGGCCCAACUCCGAGGGCAUGAAGAACACCUUCGUCACAGACCGUGUCGAGCUGCUGCUGCGCACCUACAAGGCCUACUCCACCCACUCCCGCGCCUCCUGCCGUGCCCUCCUGGGUGAGAAGUUCAAGCCCGUGCUUGGCAUCCCCAUGGACACCCCCAACGAGGAGGCCGGCGCCGAGUUCCUGCGCAAGGUCGUCCUGCCCCACCUGGGCAACCAGGACGUCACUGAGACCCAGGACUACGACAAGUUCAAGCUGACCCUGUUCAUGAUCCGCAAACUCUACGCUCUCGUCGCUGGCGACUGCGCCCCCGACAACCCGGACGCCGUCUCGAACCAGGAGAUCCUGCUGGGUGGGUUCCUGUACGGGAUGAUCCUCAAGGAGCGUCUGGAGGAGUGGGUGCGCUCGCUGGCCCCCGUCCUGCGCGACUGGUCCAUGCGCAACCACGGCGCCCGCUUCACCGACCCGGCCUUCGAGCGGGACUUCCUCGGCAAGAUCGUCAAACGCACCAACGAGAACCUCGGCGGCGCCCUCGAGUACUUCCUCUCCACCGGUAACCUCGUCAGUCCCAGUGGCCUCGAUCUGCAGCAGACGUCCGGUUACACCGUCAUGGCCGAGAAGAUCAACUUCUACCGGUUCAUCAGUCACUUCCGCAUGAUCCAUCGUGGUAGUUUCUUCGCCCAGCUCAAGACCACGACGGUGCGCAAGCUGCUGCCCGAGAGUUGGGGCUUCUUCUGCCCCGUCCACACCCCCGAUGGCUCUCCCUGCGGUCUGCUCAACCACUUGGCCCACAAGUGCCUGAUCGCCACGAGCAACGUGGACGUCUCCCACCUGCCGCGGCUCCUCGUCCAGCUUGGCGUCCGGUCCGAGUCGUCGGUCUCCCUGGAGGAGAGCGUCACCGUCCAGCUGGACGGCCGCAUCGUCGGCUUUUGCUCCCCCGCGCAGGCCCGCGUGGUGGCCGACACCCUGCGGCACUGGAAGGUCGCCGGCACCCACCGCGUCCCGCGCGAGCUGGAGGUCGGCUACGUCCCCAACUCCACCGGCGGCCAGUACCCUGGCCUCUACCUGUUCUCGCAGGCGGCGCGCAUGUACCGGCCGGUCAAGUACCUGCCGCUGGACCAGCUCGACUACGUCGGGCCGUUCGAGCAGCCCUUCAUGGAGAUCGCGUGCCUGCCCGACGACCUCAUCGCCGGCCUGUCCACCCACAUCGAGUACACGCCCACCAACAUCCUCUCCAUCGUCGCCAACAUGACCCCCUUCUCCGACCAGAACCAGUCGCCGCGUAACAUGUACCAGUGCCAGAUGAGCAAGCAGACCAUGGGUACGCCCGGCACGGCCAUCGACUACCGCACGGACAACAAGCUGUACCGGCUGCAGACGGGGCAGACGCCCAUCGUGCGCCCGCCGCUCUACAACGCCUACGGGUUGGACAACUUCCCCAACGGGACCAACGCCAUCGUGGCCAUCAUCUCGUACACAGGCUACGACAUGGACGACGCGAUGAUCAUCAACAAGUCCGCGCACGAGCGCGGCUUCGGCCACGGCACCAUCUACAAGACCAAGGUCCACGGCUUGGACGACAAGGACUCGCGGCGCGGCAAGUCCCGCCGCGAGGUCGGCAAGCUGUUCGGCUUUGCCCCGGGCGCCGAGGUCAAGGCCGAGUGGCGUCAAACCCUGGACGAGGACGGACUGCCGCACAUCGGCGCGCGCGUGCGCGAGGGCAGCCUCGUCGCCGCCUGGCACACCGUCCGCUACGACGCCGCCACCGACUCGUACGUCAACGUCGACGGCCACACCCACUUCGUCAAGUACAAGGACGCCGAAGAGGGCUACAUCGACAGCAUCCGCAUCCUCGGCGCCGAGUCGGGUGUCGAGCCUUGCCAGUCUAUCAGCGUCAAGUACCGUGUGCCGCGUAAGCCCAUCAUCGGUGACAAGUUCUCGUCUCGUCACGGUCAAAAGGGUGUGUGUUCGCAGCUGUGGCCGGCAGUCGACAUGCCGUUCUCCGAGAGUGGUAUCCAGCCUGAUCUGAUCAUCAACCCGCACGCUUUCCCAUCUCGCAUGACAAUCGCCCAAAUGGUCGAAUCCAUGGCCGGCAAAGCCGGCGCCCUCCACGGCCACGCGCAAGACUCAACACCCUUCCAAUUCUCCGAACAAAACACCGCCACCGACUUCUUCGGCCACCAGCUGCGCAAAGCCGGAUACAACUACUUCGGCAACGAGCCUCUCUACAGCGGCAUCACAGGCAAGGAGUUCGCCGCCGACAUCUUCAUCGGCGUCGUCCACUACCAAAGACUGCGUCACAUGGUGAACGACAAAUUCCAAGUGCGCACCACAGGACCCGUCAACUCGCUGCACGGCCAGCCCGUCAAGGGCCGUGCCAAGGGUGGCGGUAUCCGUGUCGGUGAAAUGGAGCGCGACUCGCUCAUCGCUCACGGCGCAGCCUUCCUCCUCCAAGACCGUCUCAUGAACUGCUCCGACGCCCAGCGCGCCUGGCUCUGUCGCUGCUGUGGCUCUUUCCUGUCCACCCAGGCGACCGUCACCGCCACAUCAGCCGGCAAGGCCGCCGCUGCCGUGGCUGUGGCCGCUGCGUCUGCCGCCGCCGGCCAAGAGGACCAGCAGAAGCAGCAGAAGCAGCGGACUGGCGCCGGCGGCGUCGGCUCCCUCGUGCGGUGUCGGCGGUGCGCGCGCGAAGCCGUCUUCGAGGACUCCCGGGCUGUGGUCUGGGAGGACGGGAACGGCCGCAGAUAUGUGGGCGGCGACGACGUCACUGUCGUUGCUGUGCCGGGUGUGCUGAAGUACUUGGAUGUGGAGCUUGCUGCGAUGGGCAUUCGGAUGAAGUUUUUGGUUGAUAAUUAGAUCCUUUUCUUUUUUUUUCACUUUGCAUUUCGAGUCAUACUUUUUCUUUUCUUUUCUUUUUUCUUUUCUUUCUUAUAUGGGAGUGUAUGUGUUUUGCAUACGGGGCAAAAGAAUGACUGACUGCUAAGUUACUGCUGUCGACGACGGCUGUGACUGAGUAACCAUGUCAUGUUAAAGAUACGCCCUUGGCUUUGUUUUUCUAAUGACGUUUGGACAAAAGCAUUUGUUUUUGUAUUUAUUUAUCUAUAUCUGCUGGGUGAACUGUUUAUACGAGCAUAUAUCAUUAUUUCUUUC